AUGUUUGCAAUCCGGAAAAAAGUUAAAAUGACGGACAAGCCAAAGCGUCCAAUGUCAGCAUAUAUGUUAUGGUUGAACAGUGCAAGAGAACAGAUAAAAGCAGAUAAUCCAGGGCUUAGAGUCACCGAAAUAGCGAAAAAGGGAGGUGAAAUAUGGAAGUCGAUGACUGACAAGAGUGUUUGGGAGGAGAAAGCUGCAAAAGCAAAAGAACAGUACACAAAGGAUUUGGAAUCGUACAAUGCCAAUGGUGGUGGUGGUGAAGGAGGUUUGGGAGGAGAAGCUGCAGAAGCAAAAGUACAGUACACAAGGGAUUUGGAAUCUCACAAUGCCAAUGGUGGUGGUGGUGAAGGAGGUUUGGGAGGAGAAGCUGCAGAAGCAAAAGAACAGUACACAAGGGAUUUGGAAUGUAAGACAGCGGGAUUUUUUCGUGUUAUGAAAAAAGUUAAAAUGACGGACAAGCCAAAGCGUCCAAUGUCAGCAUAUAUGUUAUGGUUGAACAGUGCAAGAGAACAGAUAAAAGCAGAUAAUCCAGGGCUUAGAGUCACCGAAAUAGCGAAAAAGGGAGGUGAAAUAUGGAAGUCGAUGACUGACAAGAGUGUUUGGGAGGAGAAAGCUGCAAAAGCAAAAGAACAGUACACAAAGGAUUUGGAAUCGUACAAUGCCAAUGGUGGUGGUGGUGAAGGAGGUUUGGGAGGAGAAGCUGCAGAAGCAAAAGUACAGUACACAAGGGAUUUGGAAUCUCACGAUGCCAAUGGUGGUGGUGGUGAAGGAGGUUUGGGAGGAGAAGCUGCAGAAGCAAAAGAACAGUACACAAGGGAUUUGGAAUGUAAGACAGCGGGAUUUUUUCGUGUUAUGAAAAAAGUUAAAAUGACGGACAAGCCAAAGUGUCCAAUGUCAGCAUAUAUGUUAUGGUUGAACAGUGCAAGAGAACAGAUAAAAGCAGAUAAUCCAGGGCUUAAAGUCACCGAAAUAGCGAGAAAGGGAGGUGAAAUAUGGAAGUCGAAGACUGACAAGAGUGUUUGGGAGGAGAAAGCUGCAAAAGCAAAAGAACAGUACACAAAGGAUUUGGAAUCGUACAAUGCCAAUGGUGGUGGUGGUGAAGGAGGUUUGGGAGGAGAAGCUGCAGAAGCAAAAGAACAGUACACAAGGGAUUUGGAAUGUAAGACAGCGGGAUUUUUUCGUGUUAUGAAAAAAGUUAAAAUGACGGACAAGCCAAAGCGUCCAAUGUCAGCAUAUAUGUUAUGGUUGAACAGUGCAAGAGAACAGAUAAAAGCAGAUAAUCCAGGGCUUAAAGUCACCGAAAUAGCGAGAAAGGGAGGUGAAAUAUGGAAGUCGAUGACUGACAAGAGUGUUUGGGAGGAGAAAGCUGCAAAAGCAAAAGAACAGUACACAAAGGAUUUGGAAUCGUACAAUGCCAAUGGUGGUGGUGGUGAAGGAGGUUUGGGAGGAGAAGCUGCAGAAGCAAAAGAACAGUACACAAGGGAUUUGGAAUGUAAGACAGCGGGAUUUUUUCGUGUUAUGAAAAAAGUUAAAAUGACGGACAAGCCAAAGCGUCCAAUGUCAGCAUAUAUGUUAUGGUUGAACAGUGCAAGAGAACAGAUAAAAGCAGAUAAUCCAGGGCUUAAAGUCACCGAAAUAGCGAGAAAGGGAGGUGAAAUAUGGAGGUCGAUGACUGACAAGAGUGUUUGGGAGGAGAAAACUGCAAAAGCAAAAGAACAGUACACAAGGGAUUUGGAAUCUCACGAUGCCAAUGGUGGUGGUGGUGAAGGAGGUUUGGGAGGAGAAGCUGCAGAAGCAAAAGAACAGUACACAAGGGAUUUGGAAUCUUACAAUGCCAAAACAGGAAUCUUUUCGAAUUACUUACCCAUCCUAAUAAUAAUAAAAUAA